AUGGCAAUGCUGCGGGCUACCAGGGCAAUCUGUCAUCUUCCAGUCAGCCAUUCGAGAUGGCAUUGCCAAGGACAAGUGCUGUGCCAUUUGCGGUGCUUUGCCAGCCAUGCAAGCAGGGGUGUCUUUGAAGGAUGGGGAGCUUCUGGAAGACGUUUGCAAUGUGUUGACUGCCAUGCCGGCGGUGAGCCGGCACGUGUCGUUUUGGGUGGUCUACCCACCAUCCCGGGGCAGAACAUGAUCGAGAAGCGUUUGCGUAUGAUGCAGCCAGAUCUUGAUGCCUUUCGGAAGCUGCUGUUGUUGGAGCCGAGGGGUUAUCCAUGCCAGAAUGCAAAUUUUGUGAUCCCACCUACAGGAUGUCAUCCGACAGCUGCCUACGGGGUUCUAAUUGCUGAGCAGGGGCACGUGUAUCCAGCGAUGAGCGGCCACAACCUGAUGUGCGUGGCAACUGUUCUGCUGGAGACUGGUAUGGUGCCCAUGUCAGAGCCGAGCACAGGUUUUGACUUGGAGACACCGGCAGGUUUGGUAUCCGUAAGGGCGGAUUGCCAGCAUGGGAAGGUUGUUCAGGUGACCCUUCGGAAUAUUGCUUCCUUUUGCAGGCCGGAGGACAUGGACGUAGAUAUUGAGGUCCCUGAGAUAGGGAAGGUACGCUUGGAUAUUGCGUAUGGAGGUAUGUUCUAUGCGAUAGUCGAUGCAUCAGCAGUUGGUCUGCAGCUUCGCUCGGAGCACGGGCGCGAACUGUGCCGUUUGGGUGAGAUGAUUAAAACGGCGUGCAGAGAGCAGCACCCUGUCAACCAUCCAACGUUCGACUAUCCUGGCUGUGACAUUUUGGUUUUCACAGAAAACCAGCGCAGAGAGGCAAACCAAGUCUUUGGAAAAAAUACGGUUGUGAUGUCCAACGGAAAGCUGGACUGGCAGCGACCAGAAACCUGGACGGGCAUGCUUGACCGCUCCCCCUGUGGCACUGGCACUUCUGCGGUCAUGGCUCAGCUCCACGCACGCUCACGCCUUGGCCUUGGGGAAGAGUUCGUGCACGAGAGCAUUGUUGGAACUCGCUUCGUGGGACGACUGCUGGAAGAAGUACUGAUCGAGUCUGGAAGCGAGCAGAUCCAGGCAGUUAUUCCCACUAUAACAGGCAGGGCAUGGAUAACGCAGUACUGCGAUGUGGUCUGUGACUCCUCAGAUCCAUUUCCAGAAGGCUAUACCGUUGGUGAUAUAUGGUAG